AUGGCAUUUUCCAGCCAGCCCCCAUUGGCUGUGGCUGUCCCUGUGUGGCUCUCCGUAAAAUCCAGCCCUCAAGGUGGAAAAUCUUCCUAUAGCACCCGCACUGCCGCCAUUAGUCAAGUGAGUGGGAUAUUUCAGCUCCUUGAAGAAAGGUUUUGUUGCAUUCUAGGAAAUCCUGAAAUCAUGCAAGGAGCUAUCUACAGGCAAGUUAUCUCUUCUUGUACUGCUGAGACUGGUGGAGUUGAAAACAUAGCCUUAAGCUCCAUAUCUUCACUGACUGCUAUGAAGGCUUUGGUGCCGUAUGUUGUGAAAAGAGAAAGAAAGUUGCAUAAUAUUGCAAACAUGUACGUUGUAAAUCUAUCUUUGGCAGACCUGUUUGUUGGCAUGACAGUCAUGCCCUUUAGUAUUAUCUGUAUGUUGAAAAAAAAAUGGAAACUAGGAAGAGCAAUCUGCCGGUUUAGCGACACAGCUUCCAUUUUCAGUAUUGUCAAUGUGUGCAUGGGUAGGGACCAGUCGGUUCUUGACCCACUAAAGUAUUUGAAAUACCGCACCAGAGCCAGAUCAGUCGCAAAGAUUGCGGGAUCGGGGCUUCUGUCGCUGUCUUGGCUCUUCCCUGUCUUGGGAUGGCACAGCGUUGCAAACAGAGGUAUCAGGACUGCUGCAACCAGUACGUGUGAAACUGAGUUUCGCUCUGUCACCUGGUUCAAAACUCUUACAGCAGUUCUGAACUUCUAUGUCCCAUCCAUAUUAAUGCUAUGGUAUUACACAAGAAUCUACAUGGUUGUCAGAAAGCACUGCCAGCAGAAAGGCAAUAUGCAUUGCCUAGUCACCAGAAGGAUUCUCAAGAAUAAUUUAAAGCAUUCGUUAUACAAUCGUGAAAAUGUUCUGAGCCUGCAAGGAAAGGAAAGACACGCAGCAGUUAUAGUGGCUGCCUUCCUGAUGUGCUGGUUCCCCUUUUUUAGAAUUUUUGUGGUCAUGGGGUUCUGUGAUACUUGUGUCAGCCACAGUUUACACAUGAUCACAAUAUGGUUGGGUUACAUUAAUUCAACAUUAAACCCAUUCAUUUACCCUCUGUGUAACAAAAACAUCAAGAAAGCUUUCAAAGCUGUCUUCUAUUUUUGGUCUUAA